AUGCUGGGCUCAGAUGAUUUCUUCUACGUGGGUGGGAGCCCCAGCACUGCGGACCUGCCCGGAUCUCCAGUUAGCAACAAUUUCAUGGGCUGCCUCCGAGAGGUGGUGUAUAAAAACAAUGAUAUCAGGCUGGAGCUGUCCCGCCUCGCCCGCAUCGUGGACCCCAAGAUGAAACUCCAGGGCGAUGUGGUCUUUAAGUGCGAAAACGUUCCCACCCUCGACCCCAUCAACUUCGAGACCCCCGACUCCUACCUGGCUUUGCCGAAAUGGACCACCAAACGUGUGGGUUCUAUCUCGUUUGAUUUCCGCACCUCCGAACCCAACGGGUUGAUACUCUUCACCCACGGUAAGCCCCAGGACCGGAGGGACGCAAAGGGCCAGAAGAACAACAAGGUGGACUUCUUUGCGGUGGAGCUGCUGGACGGAGGGCUGUACCUGCUGCUGGACAUGGGCUCCGGCACCAUCAAGGUCAAGGCCACACAGGCUAAGGUCAAUGACGGCGCCUGGCACCAUGUGGACAUCCAGAGGGACGGUCGCUCAGGCAUCAUCUCAGUCAACAGCCGCCGAUCCCCUUUCACAGCCAGCGGGGAAAAUGAGAUCUUGGACCUGGAGGGGGACCUUUAUCUGGGUGGUCUGCCUGACAGCCGGGCGGGCCUGGUGCUCCCCACCGAGCUCUGGACCGCUAUGCUGAACUACGGCUAUGUGGGCUGCAUCCGAGACCUGUUCAUCGACGGACGCAGCAAGGACAUCCGGCAGAUAGCUCAGUCCCAGAACGUGACCGGCAUCAAGUCCUCGUGCAGUAAGGUGACGGGGAAACAGUGCGACAGCAACCCCUGCAAGAACAAUGGCGCAUGCAAGGAGGGAUGGAACCGCUUCGUCUGUGACUGCACUGGAACCGGCUUCUGGGAUAGCACCUGUGAGAGAGAGGCAUCCAUCCUGUCGUACGAUGGCAGCAUGUACAUGAAAGUGGUGAUUCCAAACGUCAUGCACACAGAGGCCGAGGACGUCUCCCUGCGCUUCAUGUCCCAGCGGGCGUUCGGCCUGCUCAUGGCCGCCACGUCCCGCGAGUCUGCGGACACGCUGAGGCUGGAGCUGGACAGCGGCAGAGUCAAACUGACGGUCAACCUAGACUGUGUCAGGAUAAACUGUAAUACCAGCAAGGGCCCUGAAGUUCUUUAUGCCGGACAAAAGCUCAACGACAAUGAGUGGCACUCGGUACGAGUGGUCCGCCGCGGUAAAAUCUUCAAACUCACGGUGGAUGACGACAUGGCUGAAGGUCAGAUGGCGGGCGACCACACCCGUCUAGAGUUCAACAACGUGGAGACGGGCAUCUUGACCGAGAGGCGCUUUGUCUCGUCUGCUCCCUCCUCCUUUAUCGGGCAUCUUCAGAGCCUUAAGUUCAACGGGAUGCAGUACAUCGACAUGUGCAAGAAUGGGGACAUCGACUUCUGCGAAUUAAACGCCCGCUUUGGCAUGCGUUUCAUCAUCGCCGACCCCGUGACCUUCAAGACCAAGGGCAGCUACCUGGGCUUGGCCACUCUGCAGGCCUAUACCACAAUGCACCUCUUCUUCCAGUUCAAAACCACCUCGCCUGACGGGUUCAUCAUCUUCAACAGCGGGGACGGGAACGACUUCAUCGCUGUGGAGCUGGUCAAAGGGUUUAUCCACUAUGUGUUCGACCUGGGGAACGGGCCCAGUCUGUUGAAGGGGAACAGUGACAACCUACUGAAUGAUAACCAGUGGCACAACGUGGUCAUCACGAGGGACGCCUCCAACACACACACGCUCAAGGUGGACACCAAGUCAGUCACCCAGAAUGUCAAUGGAGCCAAGAACCUGGACCUCAAAGGUGACCUGUUUGUCGGAGGUCUGGGGCCCAACAUGUACCAGAACCUCCCUAAACUGGUGGUUUCUCGGGAGGGCUUCCAAGGCUGCUUGGCCUCAGUUGAUCUCAACGGCCGCCUGCCAGAUCUCAUCAACGACGCCCUUUUCCGCAGCGGGCAGAUUGAGCGAAGCUGUGAAGGCCCGAGCACAACCUGCCAGGAGGACUCGUGCGCCAACAUGGGCGUGUGCAUCCAGCAGUGGGAGAACUUCACUUGUGACUGCUCCAUGACGUCUUACUCGGGAACUCACUGCAACGACCCUGGCACCACCUAUAUCUUUGGUAAAGGAGGGGGUCUGAUCACCUACACGUGGCCCAAUAAUGAGAGGCCAAGCACACGGACGGACCGGCUGGCAGUGGGCUUCAGCUCCACCAUCAAAGACGGCAUCCUCGUCCGCAUCGACAGCGCCCCUCGUCUGGGUGACUACAUCAUGCUGCACAUCGAACAAGGCAAAGUGUGUGUGACAUUCAACAUUGGGACAGUAGACAUCAGCGUUAAGGAGACAACAACGGCGAUAAACGACGGCAAAUACCAUUUGGUCCGAUUCACCAGGAACGGGGGUAACGCCACCUUGCAGGUGGACAACUGGCCGGUCAAUGAACACUUCCCCACAGGCCGGCAGCUGACCAUCUUCAACACCCAGGCCACAAUCUCCAUCGGUGGAAACGACCGUAAGCGGCCCUACCAGGGCCAGCUCUCCGGCCUCUACUACAACGGCCUCAAGGUCCUCAACAUGGCCGCCGAGGGCCACGUCAACAUCAAGGUGAACGGCAGCGUGCGGCUGGUGGGCGACGUUCCGGUCAGCAGGGGCGCGGCGCGCACCACUACCUCGGUGCCGCCGGAGAUGUCCACCACCUUCAUCGAGACCACCACCACCCUCUCCACGACGACCACCCGCAAACAGCGCUCACCGCCCACCAUUCAGCCAACGACGGAUGACAUCGUUUCGUCGGCGGAGUGCUCCAGCGACGACGAGGACCUGGAAGAGUGCGAGGUGCCUGCUGCCUUGCCCACCGUGCCCGGCGUGGUGCGGCGGGUGCCCCCGGGGGCCUCAGAGGUGAUCCGGGAAUCCAGCAGCACCACGGGCAUGGUGGUGGGCAUUGUCUCAGCCGCCGCCCUGUGCAUCCUCAUCCUCCUCUACGCCAUGUACAAGUACAGGAACAGAGACGAGGGUUCCUACCAGGUGGACGAGACGCGCAACUACAUCAGCAACUCGGCGCAAACCAACGGCGCCGUGGUGAAGGAUAAAACGCCCAGCGGCAGCACCAAAGGCAGCGCCAGUAGCAAGAGACCGAAAGACAAGGACAAGGAAUAUUAUGUAUAG